AUGACAAUCGCAUGGGGAUCGAUCUUCGCUAGUUGUUUCAAGAGUGAGUCUGUGUCUCCUUCCCCCAAGCCCACCAAAGUGGUGGCUACAAAGGGUGGUUCUUCUUCCAACAGGGUCUCCAUAACGGACUUGAGUUUUCCUGGUUCAACGCUUUCGGAGGAUCUCUCCGUUUCUCUAGUGGGGUCUAACCUGCAUGUUUUUUCACUCGCCGAGCUGAAGAUCAUAACACAGAGUUUCUCUUCGAGUAACUUUCUAGGAGAAGGAGGUUUUGGACCUGUGCAUAAGGGCUUCAUUGAUGACAAGCUUAGGCCUGGCCUCGAGGCUCAACCGGUGGCCGUCAAGCUCUUGGAUUUGGACGGUUCUCAGGGCCAUAAAGAGUGGUUGACUGAAGUUGUGUUUCUGGGUCAACUAAGGCAUCAACAUCUGGUGAAGUUGAUUGGAUAUUGCUGUGAAGAAGAACACAGGCUCCUGGUCUACGAAUAUUUACCUCGAGGCAGCUUAGAGAAUCAACUAUUUAGAAGAUUUACGGCAUCGUUACCAUGGUCAACAAGAAUGAAAAUUGCAGCGGGAGCUGCGAAGGGUUUAGCCUUUCUACAUGAAGCAAAAAAGCCAGUCAUCUAUAGAGAUUUCAAAGCUUCAAACAUCUUGUUAGACUCUGAUUAUAAUGCAAAGCUUUCUGACUUUGGCUUGGCAAAAGAUGGUCCCGAAGGAGAUGACACGCACGUUUCAACUAGAGUCAUGGGCACACAAGGCUACGCGGCCCCAGAAUACAUCAUGACAGGACAUUUGACAGCAAUGAGCGAUGUAUACAGUUUUGGAGUAGUUCUCUUGGAGAUUCUAACAGGAAGAAGGUCAGUGGACAAAGGGCGCCCACCAAGAGAACAGAAUCUCGUGGAAUGGGCCAGACCUGUUUUGAAUGAUUCCCGGAAGCUUAGCCGAAUAAUGGAUCCAAGACUUGAGGGACAGUAUUCUGAGGUAGGGGCAAGAAAAGCAGCUGCAUUGGCUUACCAAUGUCUCAGCCACAGGCCAAGAAGUAGACCCUUGAUGAGCACUGUGGUUAGUGUUCUUGAGCCUCUUAAGGACUUUGAUGAUGUUCCAAUUGGACCAUUUGUUUACACUGUUCCAACUGAUCCAAAUGAAGUGGCAAAAGAGGUUGAAACACCCAAGGAGAGGAAGAGGGAAAAUGGUCAUCAUCAUCAUCAUCACAGGAAUCAACAUCACAAUAAUGGUCAUAAACAUCAUGAUAAUGAUGAGGCCAAUAAAGAUGCAAAUGGUCACCAUCACCACCGAAACCAUCGCCACAAUGGCCAUAAGCAUCAUCCACUUAAAUCGCCCAAGACACCAAUAUCAUCAUCAGAGUCACAGAAUAAUGAACACCAAAAUGGUAGAAGAAGCGGGUCAAACUCACCUGACACCUCCAUUGCAUCAGAAGCACAAGGAAGCAUGGUUUAG